CAAAAAUACUUCCGAGCAUGCGCAGUACGAGAAACAGGGCCGGGUCGGAUCGGAGCAGUGUUCUGGGGAGCCGAGAACCAGGGCUGGUAAAGGCCGCAGAGCAAGAUGGCGGACGCCGGUCGGCCCCAACGCAAGAUGUCCCGUGCCGGGGAGAGCUUAUACCACAUCCUGGGGUUGGAAAAGGGGGCUUCUUCAGAGGAUAUCAAGAAGGCUUACAGGAAACUGGCAUUGAAGUACCACCCGGACAAGAACCCUGAUAAUCCCGAAGCGGCAGAGAAAUUCAAGGAGAUUAACAAUGCCAAUACGACCCUCAGCGACGACAACAAGCGGCGAAUAUAUGACGAGUAUGGCUCGAUGGGACUCUAUGUGGCCGAGCAGUUUGGGGAGGAGAGCGUCAAAUACUAUUUCCUCAUGUCCAAGUGGUGGUUCAAGCCGCUGACCAUAUGCUGCAGCUUCCUCACCUGCUGUUGCUGCUGCUGCUGCUGUUGCUUCUGUUGCGGGAAAUGCCGCCCUCCUGAAGAUGAGGACGCUUACAAACAUGUGAACCCCGAAGACCUGGAGGCCCAGAUCCGUGCCGAGGAUGAAGGUGUCAGUGCUAUCCGUAUGCAGCCCACCCCCAGUGCCACAUUGCACACCACGGAUGAGACUCGGGCCCCUGAGCCAUGACCAUAGUCGCUGCCAGUCGCAGUACAGCCUCCACCUUCUACAACCAUUCCAGAGGACCCCCCAUAGGCGUGGAUUGCUGUGGGGACCUAUUUUCAGUUCCUUUGACCCUUGAACUGCGGGCAGAGAGCACCCCCAUCCCUUUGGAACCGAGAGGCCCUGAGGCUCCUGCCCCACGUAUAGGAGGGUACCCACGCACUUUCCCACCACCAUGCCAUGGUGUCGAUCUCAGGGAACGCAACCAAGGACUUGCUCAGACCUUGCGAGAUUCCUUGCUUUGAAGGAACACGGCUUUGCCUCCGCAUCGGAGAAAGAGGACUGGCUAUGGAAGCAGCCAAUUAUGGCCUGUGGUUCCCCAGCGAUAGGCCACAUCCUUGGUGCUGGGCUGCAGGGUGCUUGGUCAGCCGGUCUGCAGUUCAAAAGGGUGGUAGAUAUGGGGAGUGUCAGUAGUCAUCACCCCCAGCCAGAUUUGCCCCCUGGCUGUGAUCUCCUGCUGUCCAUUGACACUGACCAGCAGAAACCCAGCUCAUAGCAGGGGAAGGGGCUGUGACCUGUCCCCAUCUGUGCUGCCGGGUGGGACAAACCACCCUUGCCAUGACACCCCUCUGGGCACCAGCAUGGCCCUCUUCUUGUCCUGUGUGUUGGUGCCAAACCGGACUCAAGCCUGGCACACGAAGCUUAGCAGGACCCAGUAUUCUUGCCGGGUAAGGCUGGAGGCUGAUCACCUCCUGAGGCACGCCGGUCCAAUCACUGGCUUCAAUCACUGUGUGGGAGCUCAGCGGCUCCAGCUCCCCUUUUUCUCCCUGCUUCGGCGGGGCAGCCCUGGGGAAAGGGCUGUUUCUUCACACUGUGAUCAGGAAUUUUUGUUACAGUUUUUCUCAGCACAAUUAAAGGUUUCGGAAGGAAGGAAAGAAAGGGCGACUCUUCUGCUUUCAAUCUGUUUCCAGCAUGAGGAGGGAUUCCCACAGGAUCUUGGGAAGAGGGAGGCAGUGCUCUGUGUGUGUGCGUGCGUGCGUGCUUGCGUGUAUGCCUGCCCAAGAGCCCCGCCUAGCCUGGGAAGUUUAGGUUAGCCAGUCCCAGGCAGAGGUGAGCAGUUGCCCUGUGUUAUCAGCAGCAACCAUCUGCUUGUGCUUCCAAGGGCCUCUUUUCUGUGGGUUUCCCAUAAUUUUGGUGCGUCUAGGUUUUUUGAGGGGGGGUGUAGAAAGGAGUAGCUGUUAGUACCCUAAAGAGCUCCAAAUAGCUUCUUGGUGCAGUCGUGCAACUGUCCAUCAGGUGCUGAACCAGCGUGUUGUCUCCCCCAAGCAUCUUGUGUUAAUGAGUUCCCCAUCCAAGCUCCCAACACGCUGUGUAAAUGCAGGCACCUACAGCAGUACAAGGUGGUACAGAUGGUAUUCUGGUAAAGGGGUAAAGAAGCAUUGCUUCAUUGUCCAUGUGGGGAGUGGUGAAUGUUACAGCAAGAAAUGGCCUGUGGGGGCAAGGUGAGGGGACCUGUUGUGUCCUGGGGACUCUGGGCAGUUCAGGUCUCUUGGAUGACACACACAUGGCAGAUUUGCUAGCCUUUAGCUCUGACCUCCUGUCCUGGGAACCAGCAUGUUUUGACACAGGUUUGAAGAGACCAUUAACACUUUGUUGUAUUUUAUGGUGGGAACAAUAAACAGAUUGCCAUUUC